CCCCGGGACUGGAAGGCCGCCCCCCCCGCGGUGCCUACACUACAUUCAUGAAGUCCCAUCGCUGCUACGACCUCAUCCCCACCAGCUCCAAACUGGUUGUGUUUGACACCUCCCUUCAGGUGAAGAAGGCAUUCUUCGCGCUGGUCACCAACGGUGUCCGCGCGGCCCCACUCUGGGACAGCAAGAAGCAAAGCUUUGUGGGCAUGCUGACCAUCACCGACUUCAUCAACAUCCUGCACCGCUACUACAAGUCACCCAUGGUGCAGAUCUACGAGCUGGAGGAGCACAAAAUAGAGACUUGGAGAGAGGUUUACCUGCAGGAUUCCUUCAAGCCGCUGGUCUGCAUUUCCCCCAAUGCCAGCCUCUUUGAUGCCGUCUCCUCCCUGAUCCGGAACAAGAUCCAUCGCCUGCCCGUCAUAGACCCCGACUCAGGGAACACCCUCUACAUCCUCACCCACAAGCGCAUCCUCAAGUUCCUCAAGCUCUUUAUAGCAGAAGUCCCAAAGCCCGAGUUCAUGGCCAAGACGCUGGAGGAGCUGCAGAUCGGCACCUACCGCAACAUCGCCGUGGUGCGCACCAGCACCCCCAUCUACGUGGCCCUGGGCAUCUUCGUGCAGCACCGCGUCUCUGCGCUGCCCGUUGUCGAUGAGUCAGGGCGGGUGGUCGACAUCUACUCCAAAUUCGACGUGAUUAACCUGGCGGCUGAGAAGACCUACAACAACCUGGACGUGACGGUGACGCGGGCGCUGCAGCAUCGUUCCCACUACUUCGAGGGCGUCCUCAAGUGUUACAAGCACGAGACGUUGGAAACCAUCAUCAACCGCCUGGUGGAAGCAGAGGUUCACCGGCUGGUGGUGGUGGACGAGAGCGACGUGGUCAAGGGGAUCGUCUCCCUCUCAGACAUCCUGCAAGCCCUGGUCCUCCCACAGGGCCCCUGAGGCAUUUGGGUGGGGGGAUCAGCCCCCCCCAGUGCCCCCCCUUUCCUACUCUUGGGGACACCCAGGUUGGGGGCCCCACUCACCAGCAGCAUCCAGCAAUAAUCCAGCCAUGGGGUAGCACUUCCCUGCAUGGGGAGACCUCCCCACACUGCACCUUGUGCCCCAAAGCCUGGCAGGUGCUGGGCGGGCCCUCUUUUAGGUUCCCUCCCCCAUACCCCACACCCCCUCAUGCGGUUUCACUGAAUCUGGGGCUUUAAUCGCCCUCACUCAGCUCUGUCCUGCCAGGGGCGUCCCCCCUGCACCCCCUGUGCCCCCCAGCACUCCCCCAUGCCCACUCUGGGCCACGUCUGCACCCGGCACCGCUUCCAGUGUGGAGAGAAGCCACGAAUAAACACAGAGCUGGCACGAUCCCGCCGUGGGGCACUGGGGGGGGCAGGAGGGGCUUCAUCCCCCCAUGUGUGAGGGGGAAUCUGCUGAGCUCACCCAGACCCCAAA